AUGAAACUAUACCCCCAUAAGUUUUUUUCUGAAACAGUGAAAUGUAUGUUAGCUGCUCAUAUAUAUAAUUUUCGUGUAGAACUAUGUGACGAUUUUAUUUAUACUAGAACAUUUGAUAUUGAAAAAAACUUAUUAAUAAAUAAGAAACCUUUGUUAUUAUAUGAUAAUCAAUUUAUAAGUUCAACAAAAGCAAUAUGCUUUUUCUUUCAUCGUUUAUAUAAUGAAAAUAGAAGUUUAGAUGAAAAAAUUCAUUCAUAUUUAACAUGGAUAGAAUGGAGUGAUUUAUUAGAAAAAUAUGUAGAAUUAUUAAAUAAAAAAAAAAUCAUUGAAAGCUUAGAUGAAUUAGAAUCAUAUUUAAAUGAAAAUAAAAGUAGAAGUUUUAUAUGUAGCAAUGAUGGCAAUAGUAAAAUAUCUCUAGCAGAUAUAUUUGUUUAUAUAUCAUUAAAACACUCUAAUAUUAAUAUAUGCAAAGAAAGUUGGGUGAAUAUAAGUAACUACAUAGAAAAAAUAAAUAAAUUAGAAGAUAUACAAAAAAUUAUAAGGAAUGUUCAAGAGCUAUACAAGUUUAAAAAUAUCUACAGUUUAUUCGUUUCUAAGUUACAUCACUUAGAUGUAAAUAAAUAUUUAAAAGAAGAAAAAUUUUAUAUAACAACUGCUAUUAAUUAUGUAAAUGGAGACCCUCAUAUAGGCCACGCAUAUGAAGUAGUUUUAGCUGAUGUUAUAGCAAGAUAUCAUAGAAAUAUAGGAAGGUGCACUUUUUUUACUAGUGGUUCUGAUGAACAUGGAAUUAAAAUAGCUAAUCAAGCAAAAAAAAAUAAUAUAACUCCUAAGGAAUUAUGUGACAGAAAUGUUUUAAAAUUUCAAAAACUAAACAAUAUUUUAAAUAUAUCUUUAGACUAUUAUGUUAGAACAACAAGUAAUACUCAUAAAGACAUAGUUAAAAAUGUGUGGAGUAUUUGUGAAAAAAAUGGGGAUAUAUACCUAGGUGAGUAUGAAGGAUGGUACAAUAUUAGGGAAGAAACAUAUGUACCUGAAAAUGAAGCAAAAUUAAUGAAUUAUAUGGAUCCGUUAAAUAAUGUUAAAUUAGAAAAAAUGAAAGAGCCAUCAUAUUUUUUUAAAAUGUCUAAAUAUCAAGAAAAAUUAAUAAAACAUAUAAACAAUAAUCCACAUUUCAUUCAACCAGAGCAAAAAAGAAAUGAAAUAUUGCAAAGAUUAAAAGAACCAUUAAAUGAUUUAUCAUGCAGUAGAACUAACUUUUCAUGGGGAAUUUCAGUACCUAACGAUCCAAAACAUGUUAUGUAUGUAUGGAUGGAUGCUUUAUUAAACUACUACUCAAAUUGUUUCAUUGAUAAAGAAAAAGAAAUGUUUUGGCCAGCUGAUGUUCAUAUAAUUGGUAAAGAUAUCACAUGGUUUCACUCGGUAAUUUUUCCAUCUAUUUUAAUGUCUUCUAAUUUAGAAUUACCUAAAAGUAUUUUUUCACAUGGAUUUGUUUUAGCGGCGGAUGGAAAAAAAAUGUCUAAAUCGUUUGGAAAUGUAAUAGACCCCUUUGAAAUUAUUGAAACAUAUGGAUCUGAUGCUUUUCGUUUUCAUGUUAUUAAAGAAUCAAAACAAGGUUGUGAUAUGAGAUUUGAUGUUGAUAAUUUAAUUGAUAUGUGCAAUUCUGAUUUAGCAGAUACAAUAGGAAAUUUGGUUCAAAGGACUUUAUCUUUAUGCCAAUCAUCUAAUAACUCUAAAAUUCCUCCUUUUUUUCCAGAAUAUAAUAUUGAUUUACCAUUUAACCUUUUAUAUUUUAUCAAUAGAGUAGAGUAUCAUAUGAAGAAUUUCUGUGUGCAAAAAUGCUGCGAAAAAACUGUUAAUGUUUGCAAAGACUUAAACAAAUACCUCACUGAUUUAGCUCCAUGGAAAUACAAACAAGAAGAGAAUAAUAAAAAAUUGCAUAUUAUUAGAAUUAUGUUAGAAUCUAUUUAUUUUAUUGCACAUUAUUUAGAUAUAUUUGUGCCAUCAAUUGCCUCUCAAAUAUUCAAAAAAUUAAAUUCCCCCAAAAAAAAAAUUGUUGACUUGUCUCCAUGGUUAAACAAUUUAAAAGAAGGAGUUAUCAUAAAUAAUGAUAAUAUUUUAUUUAAAAAAUUUGAAGUGGUAUCAGCUAAGAUAAAAAUGCAAAAAGUUAUUAUGAGAGUUUGCAAAAUAACUAAUAUCAUAAAAAUAGAAGAAUUAAAUAAUGUAACAAUAUGUGAUUUAGAAAUUGAUCAAGAAAAAUAUAUUGCUGCCUUAUAUCUACCUUACAAUAAGAAUUUCAUAAAUACAUUAACAAUUGCAUUACUUAAUAUUAAACCUAUAGCAAUAAAUAAUUAUAUGGUCAACGCUAUUAUUCCACAUGUAAAUAAAGAGAUUUUUACAUUUUCAUUAAACGAAAAUAUUCCUACUGGUACAUUAAUACAAGCUAAAAAUUAUCAAACUCUUGUUAAACAAAGAGACAAUUUAACAAAAAAAGAAAUAAAUACUUUAAAUCUUUCUAUCAUUAAAAAUAAUUGUUUUUUUGAAAAGAAUAUUCCAUUAGUAUUUGCAUUCUCAGAUGACAAAUAUUUGCAUCAUUCUACCCAAAAUAAUGGAGUUGUAAAAUUUUUUUAA